UGUGGGCAAUUAUCGCAGGGUAUGGGUAAUCUAGAGAGCCCUUACGUGUGUUUAUUGAGAAGGCUCUUGAAGGUGGGAGGAGCAAAAGUCAGCGAGGGUCAACUUCUGGAGCUUUUAAAGGUAAUCAAAGAACAUUGCUCCUGGUUCCCUAUAUUAGGACUUUAGAUUUACAAACAUGGGAAAAAGUAGGUCACGAGUUAAAACUUUCAUAUAUGAAAGGAAAGCAAAUUCCAGUCACUAUAUGGCCUACUUGGACCCUCAUUCGCUCCGUUUUGGAGCCUUUACAAACCACUGAUUCGGAGAGCGAUAAUGUUCAGGAGAAACUAAAAAAGAGGAACCUGAACAUGCCAUCCAGGAGGAGAAAGAAACUAUUAAGGCUACCAGAAAGGAAUAUAGAAAGGAGGAACCUCCUCCUCCUUCUCCUCCAGUAACAGAACAAAAGAUGCCCAUGUCACUGUUGCCGUCGGCUCCGCCGUUCUAUAAGAGGGCACCAUUAAAUGAAAAAGAUGGAAAGUACAUGCUAUCGGCUGUUCAGAAAGGCCUCCUUGAAGCACAGUGAGCGGGAGACCUAGAUGCUUUGCAUUUUAAUUUCCCGGUUAUUAUUACAGAACAUGUCGCUCCAGGACAUGAUCCUAACAACCCUAAUGGUGUCUAUGAGGCCAAGCAUGAGCAAUUUCCCUUCAAAUUGUUGAAGGAACUAAAACAGGCAGUACAAAAAUAUGGAGCUAAUUCUCCAUUUACAACGGGAAUUAUUCAAGGCAUCGCAGAAGGCAAUCGACUUAUUCCGACGGAUUGGUCAUUGCUAGCAAGAACAGUUCUAUCUCCAAGUGAGUUCUUGCAGUUCAAAACAUGGUGGCAAGAUCAAGCAGAAAUAGCAGCUGCCCAUAAUAGAGCUCAUAACAUUCCUAUUUCCAUGGAACAGCUCAUGGGUCGUGGACCAUGGGCCCAGGGUCAAGACCAGAUAUUAAUGAAUGAUCAAGCUGUUGAGCAGCUCUGGCGUUGCUGUUUGAGAGCAUGGGAGAGAAUAGAAUCUCAGGGAGAUAAGUGCUCUUCUUUUCAAAAGGUGGUACAGGGUCCAAGGGAGCCCUAUACUGAUUUUAUUGCAAGAUUACAAGAGGCUGUCAAAAGACAGAUAAAUAAUAUUGAGGCUGGGGGUACCAUUAUGCAACUGUUGGCUUAUGAGAAUGCUAAUUCUGAUUGUAAGAAGUUGCUAGCACCCUUUAAAGGCAAGGGAACAUUGACAGAUUAUAUUAAGCUAUGUCAAGGAGUAGGAACAGAGACCUAUAGAGCUGAUUUGUUAGCUCAAGCAAUGGCUGCUCUGACCACAGGAAAAUUUAAAGGACAGUGUUUCAACUGUGGGCAAACAGGGCACAAAUAUUAAUCUUACUUUUGGAUAUCAAAAUAGGCCAAUAUGUAUCGGCAGUCAUUCCAGCUGCCUUGUUCCUGGUGAUCAGAGAUGGUUGGUGGACCUUCCUACUAAUAAUUACUUGACUAAAGCUCAGUUACAUUUACUUUCCAUUAAAGGAUUCCAAGCCUACAAAUAUCGGGGUCCUAGCUAUAACGCAGCACCCCCUAUUCCCAAAUGCAAACCAGCGCAGAUGUGGUCAGAUGAGGGAAUUUGCCCUUUAUAGAAGGAUUGUAGAGCAGCUCACCCCAGUAUUCUUAUUAAUGAUUCCUACGGAAUUGUAUGGGACUGGUCCCCUAUGGGGAUGGCAGUCACCAAUUGCACUAGGGAACCCUGCUGCCCUCAUCAAAAGUUAAUAUGGCAAGUUUUUGAUGAUCCCAUUGUACCGCAAACCUUAGCUUCAGGAGAUGCACAUCUGGUGUGGCUUGGGCAAGGACUUUCUAUGCCAUCUCCUUUUGUUGAUUAUCAUAAAAGACAAAAAAAUUUAUGGGAGGUUACUAAUGCUUUAAGUCACGUAAGAGUUUGGAAUGGCUCUUAUAUUCAUCAGUCUAAUAAUUGUGCAUUUUCUUUUUUCCUCAUGGAUGAAGAAUGGGUAAGAGCUUGUGUUAGAGAUCCCUAUGUUUUUGUUAUUGGCAAAAUGACUUUUGUUCAUAGUAAUAAAGAAAUAGACUAUCUAAACUGUAAGAUGUUCACCUGUGUAGAUACGAAUGUUUAUAAAGACAAUUCUAUCAUUCUUUUAGCUAGAAGAAGAAUAGGCAUUUGGCUACCGGUGAAACACCACCGUGUUUGGGAAAGUUCUCCAGACGUACAUAUACUUUUAACAGUAUUGAAGAACUGGAUUUAUAGAACAAAAAGAUUUGUUGGGUUACUUAUAACAGCUAUUCUAGGAAUUAUAGCCAUUACUGCUACAGCUACCACUGCAGGAAUGGCCUUGCAUCAAACUGUACAAACUACACAAUUUGUACAGAAGUGGCACGAGAAUGCUAGCAAGGCCUGGAAUCAACAAAUGUUCAUAGAUCAAAAAUUAGAUGAACGUGUCUCUGAUUUAGAGACAGCCAUGAUAUAUAUAGGAGAUGAUCUUCAGAAUAUAAAGCUUAGACUUCAUAUUUUAUGUGAUUGGAAUGUUUCUUCUUUCUGUGUUACUCCCAUGCCUAUAAUGAAUCAGAAGUAUCUUGGAGCAAAAUUCGCCGACAUAUUACUAACCAUUAUGGUGAUAAUCUAACCUUAGAUAUUAAACAACUUCAAGAUACGAUCCUAAGUAUUACUCACUCAUCAUUACAAUCUGUUCCAGGAGUGAGUUUUACUCAAAGAAUUAAUGAUAUUCUGUCCGACUUAAACCCUUCUACUUGGAUCACACAAACUGGUCUCGGUGUUAUAAGUGGAUUGAUUAUUCUUCUUAUUGCUGUAAUGUUUCAUGCUUAGUCCUCAGAAGCACGCGAAAAUCCCUCCAACGACUGAAAAAUCAAGAAGCUGCAAAAUCAACUUUUCUACUUCUUCACAAACAAAAGGGGGGAGAUGCUGCUGCCCCUCGGAAAAAUUUGUUACUUAAACUAUAACCCCUGGAGGAUUUUACUAGUUGCCAAGCACAUUUAGAGAUGGCCUUAAGAAAUACAUAUACGACAACGGGUCUUUGGAGAGAAGGACGAUGUACGACCGUGAAGCUGGGCAGUUGGGGAUGCCCGGCUCGCUCAGAGCGGAAUGUCGCCCCUUCACAGAAGCUGGGCAGCUGGGGAUGCCUGGCUUGCUCAGGGCAGAAAGCCGCCUGCUUCAGGGAAGCCAAGCACCAGGGAAGGCCCGGUCAGCUUAGGGUGGAACGAAAACCUCCUGCUUCCCAUAUCCGUUAUCGCUCCUUUCUCUUCCCAGAAGUGCUGGUUGUUAGUUAGAUGAGUCCUUUGAAUGUGCUUGAUUAACUAUAAACUUUAUCCUCCUUCUUGUGUGCAAGACGGGAUUAACGUGUGACCUUCAUCAGUCCUUCUGUUGGCUACUGUUUUCUAUCCAGUAAAAGUGAGACUGUGGAGUUGCUCCUGGCAGCAGUCCUUUUCGACUGUUGUCCCCUGCUCCCAAUCUCUUGCAGCUGACUUGUUUGUGCCUAAUUCUUCUCCCGUUGACUGGAAGCGGCAGCUAUAUCUAAACGUGGUUGGUAACUAGUAGAAUUUCCCAUGGGCUAUAUUUUAAGUAAUACAUUGUUCUGAGGGACAGUUGCAUUUCCCCCUUUUUGUUUGUGCAGAAGUAGAAAAGUCGAUUUUUUUUUUAGAGAUUUUAUUUAUUUAUUUGAGGGAGAAUGAGUGAGAGAGAGCAUGAGAAAGGAGGAGGUCAGAGGGAGAAGCAGACUCCCCAAGGAGCUGGGAGCCUGAUGUGGGACUCGAUCCUGGAAGUCCAGGAUCAUGACCUGGGCCGAAGGCAGUUGCUCAACCAACUGAGCCACACAGGUGCCCCAGAAAAGUCGAUUUUGCAACUUCUUUUUUUUUUUAAGAUUUUAAUUUAUUUAUUUGACAGAAAUAUCACAAGUAGGCAUAGAGGCAGUCAGAGAGAGAGAGAGGAGGAAGCAGGCUCCCUGCUGAGCAGAGUGCCCGAUGGGGGACUCGAUCCCAGGACCCUGAGAUCAUGACCUGAGCUGAAGGCAGCGGCUUAACCCACUGAGCCACCCAGGUACCCGAUUUUGCAACUUCUUGAUCCAUCAGUCAUUGGAGGGAUUUUCCUGUGCACCUGAGGACUAAGCAUAAAAAGAUUAUAGCAAUAAAAAGAAUAAUCAUUCCACUUAUAAUGCCAAGACCAGUUUGUUUGAUCCAAGUAAAAGGGUUUAAAUUAGACAGAAUAUUGUUAAUCCUUUGUGCAAAACUCACUCCUGGAAUUGAUUGUACUGAUGAUUGAGUAAUGCCUUGAAUAGUAUCUUGAAGUUGUUUAAUAUCUGAAGUUAGAUUAUCACCAUAAUGAUUAGUAAUAUGAUGGUGAAUUUUGCUCAAUGAUAUUUCUGAUUCAUUAUAAGCAUGGGGAGUAAUGCAGAAGGAAGAAACAUUCCAGUCACAUAAAAUGUGAAGCCUAAACUUUAUAUUUUGAAGACCAUCUCCUCUAUAUAUCAUGGCUGCUUCUAAAUCAGAGAUACUUUCAUCUAAUUUUUGAUCUAUGAUCAUUUGUUGAUGCCAAGCUUUUCUAGCAUUCUCGUGCCACUUUUGUACAAAUUGUGUGGUUUGUACAGUUUGAUGCAAGGCCAUUCCUGCAGUGGUAGCAGUAAUGGCUAUAAUUCCUAAAAUAGUUGUUAUAAGCAACCCAAGAAAUCUUUUUGUUCUAUGGACCCAGUCCUUCAAAACUGUUACUAGUACAUGCAUAUCUGGAGAGCUUUCCCAAACAUGGUGGUGUUUCACCAGUAACCAGAUGCCUAUUCUUCUUCUAGCUAUGAGAAUGAUAGAAUUAUCUGUAUAAACAUUCUCAUCCACACAGGUGAACAUUUUACAUCUGAGACAGUUUAUUUCUCUAUUGUUAUGAUCAAAAGUCAUUUUUCCAAUAACAAAAACAUAGGGAUCUCUAACACAAGCUUUUACCCAUUCUUCUUUCAUGAGGAAAAAGGAGAAUGCAUAGUUAUUAGACUGAUAAAUGUAAGAGCCGUUCCAAACUCUUAUGUGAUUUCAAGUGGUGGUGACAUUCCAUAAAUUCUUUUGUCUUUUAUGAUAAUUAACAAAAGGGGAUAGCACCGAAAGUCCUUACCCAAGCCAGGAUAGAGGUGCAUCUCCUGAUUUUAAGGUUUGUGGUAAAAUGAGAUCAUCCAAAACUUGCCAUUUUAAGUUUCUUUUUUUUUUAAGUUUCUUAAACCUUUUUUUUUUUAUUUUGUUUAUUUAUUUGACAGAGAUCACAAGUAGUUCAAUGAGAGGAGCAGGGUCCCCCAGUGCAACUGAUGACUGCUGUCCCCUUAGGGGACCAGUCCCAUGCAACUCCAUAGGAAUCAUUAAUAACAAUACUGGGGUGAAAAGCUCAAAAAUCCUCCCAUAAAGGGCUAAUUCCCCCAUCAGACCACAUUUGCAUUUGUUUGCAUUCAGGAAUAGGGGGUGCUGCUGUAGUAUAGCUAGGACCCUGAUAUUCAUUGGCUAGGAAUCCCUUAUUGGAGAGUAAAUGUAGCUGAACUUUAGUCAGAUAAUUAUCAGUGGGAAAGUCCACCAACCAUCUUUGAUCAUCAGGGAUAAGACAACUGGAAUGAUUGCCAAUAUAUAUUGGUCUAUUUUGAUAUCCUAAGGUAAGAUUAAUAUUUGUGCCCUCUUCUAGAGGCAAUCUAGGAUCCAAAAAUCCAGGUACCCAUUUUGAGGCAUUUAAAUAAAUUGGUAUUAUAUCUUUUCUCCACUCUACUGGACGGAGUAGGGGAGGAUUGGGUAUAUAAGCUCAGUAAGUAAAGUUAUUUAUUUGUGCAUAACAUCCAGGAAGACUUACGGUUACCGUGAUGAGGGUCAUCAUAUUACAUCAGAUGUAGAAAUGGUAGUAGUUUUGAUAUGCUGUAAAACAUAUACUGUAUAUAAAGAAUCAGAUAACAGAUUAAAUGCAGAAGAAACAUCUUGAAACAAUGUAAUAACCACCAUUAAUUCUGAUUUCUAUGCUGAGAGACUGGUAGUAGACAUGACCUUCAAAGUAGGACCAUAAUAACAGGCUUUACCUUUGACAGAGCCAUAGGAAAAGUUAAGUAGGGCAUCUGUUAUUGGAUUUUUAGAAGUAAUUUUUAGGAAGGACAAAUGUAGUAUGUUUUAAAAAGGAAAUAACAGAUAAAGAGGGAUAAUGAGAAGUGUUUCCAGUAAACCACUAAGGGCAAUUUGCCAAUUUAAAUUAUUUUGGAAUGCUGUUUUAAUUUGUGUCUUAUUUAUAGGCAGAACAAUAAUCUGUGGAUCAUUUCCCUGUAUUUGGGUCUUUGCAGAUGUGAUUGGCUAAGAGGAAGUCACAGUGGAGAGGAGUGGGCCCCAAACCCAAUAUGACUGGUGUCGUAAGAAGAGGACAAAAGAAAGAAGCAGGGACACUUGAUGUGAUGUGAUGACACAGGCAAAGACCACAGUGAUGUAGCUACAAGCCGAGAACACCAGGAAUUGCCAGGAAGGAGCCUCCCCACAAGCUUCAAAGGAAGCACAGCCCUGCCAACACCCUGACUGGAAACUUGUGGCCUCCAGAAAUGUGAGAUAUGAAUUUCUGUUGUCUCAUGCCCCCCACCACCAAAAAUGUGCUCAACACCUUAUUCUCAAAGGCUGUUCUCCUUCCAGCAUCCCUGAUCUUAGGAAGAACAUCCCUGCCUCAGAUGGGAAAUCUCAUCCCUGACACUCCAAAGACCCCAACAACUAAUCAAAAACAAAAACAAAACAGGGCGCCUGGGUGGCUCAGUGGGUUACGCCGCUGCCUUCGGCUCAGGUCAUGAUCUCAGGGUCCUGGGAUCGAGUCCCACAUCGGGCUUUCUGCUCUGCAGGGACCCUGCUUCCCCCUCUCUCUCUGCCUGCCUCUCUGCAAACCUGUGAUCUCUGUCUGUCAAAUAAAUAAAUAAAAUCUUUAAAAUAUCUUAAAAAAAAAAAAAAAAAACCUCAUAGGAUGAAGUCCUAAUUAAUACCCAGUACCUCAGAAUAUGAGCAUCUUUGGACAUGAGAUCUCAUGAGAUGCCUGAACAGGUCACAGCCCUGAGAAAAACCAACCCUGCCAAUCCCUUGAUCUUAGACUUCUGGCCUCCAGAACUAUGAGAAAACCAGUUUUGUGGUUGAGCCACUGCAGUCUGUGGGACUUUGUUAGGACAGCGCCCCCUGGCGGAACAAGACAAGAGACGCUCCAGGCGUCUGGUGGGUGGAGGUCUGGGACACUGCUAAACACCCUACCCAGCACAGACCUGCCCCUCCACAGGGUGCCAAGGUUCAGCAGUGCUGCAGUGAGAACCCAUGGUCUUACUUCCAAUUUCCAGAA